AUGGCAACAACUCCAGUCAUCCAAGCCGCCAAUGGCUAUCUGAACCCCCCCUCCGACGAAGAGACAUUGUCAAUGUUUACGCCCCAAGACGCUAUUGCCCGAGAGAUCGAGGAAUUUAUACAGAAUCAUGCUGUCUCGGUUGAAAUGCGUUCGAAGCCAGAAUAUUCAGAGUCAAGGCCACACCUGAAGAUUCCAGAAUCUCAGAGGAAUCACAAUCUUACAGGGGGCACACUUAUGGGCCCCGGCAAGGUCGCCGUACCGCCCUUCGUCUGGAGCGAGAGGGGCGGAAAAUCUCUUGUGUCCAUUUCCUAUCUAGGGGCAGACCUAUGUGGUCACCCUGGCAUCGUCCAUGGUGGACUUCUUGCUACUCUGCUAGACGAGGGGCUGGCAAGGUGCUGCUUUGCGGCUCUCCCAAACAAAGUCGGAAUGACUGCAAAUCUCAACAUCAACUACCGAAGUCCUGCCCUAGCAGAUGCGUUUGUGGUUCUCAGAGCUAAAACCACCAAGGUCGAUGGACGAAAAGCCUGGGUCGAGGGUCACAUUGAAACGCUGGUAGGGGAGGGAGAGAAACCCGUUGUCUUGGUUGAGGCGUCAGCAUUAUUUAUUGAGCCAAGGCAAGCCGCAGUAAUCGAGUUUGUUUACCCAAACAUCACCUGGCAUCCGUCCCUUUCACGACAUGAGCGCAAUGAGUUACGAAAGCAGCGAGGCUUCACCAUCUGGCUCACAGGCUUGUCUGCAUCUGGAAAGUCUACUGUUGCGACCGCGCUCGAGCAACAUCUUCUGCACCUAGGAUUCGCAGCAUACCGUUUGGAUGGAGACAAUGUGCGAUUUGGUCUGAACAAGGAUUUGGGCUUUUCGGAGAAAGAUCGAAAUGAGAACAUCAGGAGAAUUGCAGAGGUUGCCAAACUCUUCGCCGAUUCUUCCACGAUCGCAAUCACAUCUUUCAUCUCGCCAUAUAAAGCUGACAGGAAGAUUGCACGGGAUUUGCAUGCAACCGCGAGUCAAGGGGGAGAUGAUUCAAUACCGUUCAUCGAGGCAUAUGUUGAUAUUCCACUCGAAGUUGCUGAGCAGCGGGAUCCAAAGGGUCUCUACAAGAAAGCGAGAGCAGGAGAGAUUUCCAACUUCACAGGAAUUUCUGCACCGUAUGAGGCUCCCGAGAUACCGGAGAUUCACUUGAGAACAGAUCAGCUGUCGGUGGAGGAGAGUGUUGCUAAGAUCAUGGAAUACUUGCACUCACAAAAGUUGCUCACCAGCAAAUAG